GUAGUUUAGCUUCAGCUCCGCCAUUUGCAUCAGUAUUUGUAAUUUUCCAAUUGAGUUUUUGGGAAUGCGGAGUGUUAUUCGAGGGUUUAGACAGGAUAUAUAUUUUUUAAAAUAUUUAUUCGUUGUUUUUUUGGGAUUUUAUAUUUAUUUUUCUAAUUUAUUGUUUGUGUUAUUGUUAAUGUUGUUGUUGUUUAAGAGUAUUUAAGAAGAUUUUUUUUUUUUUUUUUUUUUUUUUUUUUCGUGAGCCUAUUUGGUGCUGUUUGAGGUUAUUGGAGACUGGGGGAGAUCGGGAUUGCUCGCUGCAGUGGGAGUGACUUGAAGGAUGCUGUGGAUUUGAAGCGCAAGUGCGAUGUUGCCUGGAGUUUGGUUGCAUAUGAAUUUUCAUGGUAGAGGGGAGGAGUGAAGAAGCGGCGGCCACGCAUUUUGUGUGCGUUUAGGGGUAAAUGACAGAUCGUUUCUCGGCGCUUGUUGAUCGUGACAAAAAAAUUAAGUUUUUUGCAGUUGAAGAUUAGGUUUGGUGAAUCCUCUUCUGUGAAUUGUUCCUUAUCCUUUACGGUUUCCCCUCCCGCCAGACGUUGUUGGAAAUGUUAUAGUUCCUGUUAGUUGUUGUAUCUUUCAGUGGAUGGAGGAAGCAUAAUCAAUUUGAUCGGCUGCCAUCGUUGACAGCAGUAUGCAGUCAUCUCUUAACUUAGAUUUUGUUACUCGGCUGCCAUUGUCGAGGAAUUGCAAUGGAAGCGUAUGAUUACAGAGUUUGAGUUGGAGGUUUGCGGGGUUGAUAGGUUUUGGUUGUCCACCUCAGGAUUUAGAACUUGGUUGGAAUCUGGUUCUGUGCCUGAGUGGAUGAUGCUGUGCUCUCUUCAUUCUGCUCACCGAGUUCGGCAAUUCCAGCCAUUCUGAUUCCAAGCUAUCAGCUGACUCGUGGGCAUUAAGAGCUGUACAAUAUCGUGCAGUUAAUUUUUAAAUUUUGACCAGCAGUCUUGGGCAAGGCAGUAGUAUUUGUUGUUUCGUUCCAAGACUGUGCGCACGCAAUGAUAAUUUAAUUCUCGUGAAAAGUCGAUUGAUUUCCACUGGUACAAUGCACGGGGCUUGGAAGAUACUGUCUUGGGCUGCGGGUAAAGGGGAUGAGGAAGAGGCCUCCAAAUUUUCUUCAGGUUCGGACUUCACUUCCCCGGUGAAGAAUUCAUGGAUUCCAGGAGUAGGACCUGACGAGGAAGAAUUCGUAAAUACUCCUGGUCAGGUCGAGGACGAGGAGAUGCCAGGGAGCCCUACUUCCAGUAAAAGCUCCAGUGCCAGUGGUCAUGGACGAAGUGAUCCGAGCAGCAGUUGGGCUGAUGCCGACAUUGAAAAUUCAUCUCAAAGUUCGUUGGUAAGUUUAGGAGAGGAGCCUGAAGAUCCUUUGGCGCAGCGCUUUCGGAAAUUUCUGUCAGAUGCUGAAGCUGCAGUGACUCCUCCAUCUCCGAGCUAUGGGCCAGAAAGAGUACGUGGUUUUGAGAAGACAAGAUUGAGAAAGAGGGGGUCGGCUCCUUCAGCUGGACUAAAGCAAUCACAGAUGGAAAAACUUGAGAAGCUGAUUCCCUUAGACAAAGUCUGGGAUCAUCUGUAUCCCAAUGUGGUGGAGGAGCAGUUCUCUUGGCCCUGGGUUGAUCUUACGGAGCAGCAACUUGCAUUAGGGAAAUUGGAAUUUAAAAAAUUUAUGGUCACGCUGAGCUGUCUUGGAGACUUAGGUCUUCUACCGGAAAAGGUGCUAACGCUGGAACAAAUUAAGAAGCUAGAGAGAUUGUCCUUGGAAGAUAUUCCUGGAUACGUUUCUCGGGAAGUUGCGAUCAACAAAGGUGUUCGGAAUGAAGCCUUUCCUUACAUCAGGAAAGAUUGGCUGGCUAAGGGGCUAUUUUCAUUCGAGUGUAACGUCGAUAAACAUGGCGUUUGUAAGUUUAAGUGUGUGAAGCCAAGAUCAACAAGUACUUUGCUGCAUCGGAUAUUUGGCGACGACAGAGUCAUGCCUGUUUACUUUAAUGAGUUUCCAACUGAAGACAAGUUUCAACUGGUUCGAGAUGGUAUUUUAGUCGGCCUGCGACGAUACCGACUCUGGAGUUUCAAGGAUUCUGGAAAGGGUGACUUCAGAAACAGAACUAAACCCUAUGCUAAGGAUUAUCAGAGAGCUGUAAAAUGCUUCUUUGUCUGCACCGAGUCGUUAGCAGAUGUCGAUCUUUCUGAUCCAAAUUUCAAGUAUUUCACCCGAAUAGAGGCUGCUCGCUGCCACAUAAUGCACAUUCAUGCAAUGCCCACAAUGCCUAGGUUUGCCUCCCGAUUACAACUGGCUCUUUCUAAGUCUGUUACAGCCAACCUUAAUUGGGAUGAAAUUGAAGUUAAACAGAUCCCAGACAUUCUUUCAAAGACUUUAGACAACUCGGGGAAAUUUAUGGCUCACACAGAAGGCACAUCAGAGAUCUCACCUGAUGUUGCAAGGCUCUUACCAUGUUCUGUCUGUAAAGGAAGAGUUGGUGAACCAAAGGGUUACCCAACGUUAGUGCAAGGCUGUCUUUUCUGGAAAGGAAUGGCAAUAAAGGGUACUUGGCAAGUGAAUCAUCAGUUGAAAGGUCUGCAAAUCCUGUACCGACCAUCAAUGGUGAAGGUCACAUCUGACCCUAUUUUGAAAGACAUUCCCACUAUCAAAAGUUUUGAAGUUGUGAACACCAAUACGUGUUACAAGCUAGAGGAAGCAAGGUUGUCUCAGGAUUUGAUUAUUCUUCUGUCUAUAAAUAACGUUCCAGCUUCCUUCUUCCUGGAACUCGUGGAGAAAGCUCUUGAAAAGCUUCGCACUUUCUUUACUGAGAGGGGCCAAGUCUUCAGAGAAUUGAAAAGUUGUUCCCCAGACUACGCUGUUGGUGACCAAACACUUCGUAUGAUCAUGGCAAAUAUUCCCAUGAGCAACCCUCAGAUGCAAAACAAUCUGAAGAAGAUAACGCAGGAUAAGAUCGCACUGCUGAGAAAAGGUUGUUUGCCUCUGCCCCAGAGUUAUUAUCUCAUGGGCACUUCCGAUCCUACUAAGGAGAAGGUUCUGAAGCCAAACGAGGUUGCGAUCGUUAAGAAUGGCGAGAAAGUUAUUGGGAAGGUUCUUGUUUACAAGAACCCCGGAAAGCAUUGGGGGGAUGUGCAUAUUUUUGAUGCUGUAUGGGACGAACGACUCAAUCCUUAUGUGGGCCCUACUAAGCACGCCAUCUUCUUUUCUGUUCGAGGUAAUCGGCCGGUUGUAGAUGAAAUUGCCAACAGUGACCUUUGCGGCGACCUCUUUUGGGUUUGCUCCAAUGCACAGUUGAUCUCUUUGUUCACUCCUAGCCUACCUUGGAAGAGAAUAGGAGAGAAAAUAAAUUAUCCCAUUGGGGAUGGCCCCAGCAACCUCACAUCCAGAGCUCUUGAAUAUACGCUGUUUGACAAAUUCUUGAAGAGUCGUUUCACACCUUAUAAGCCUAUGUCGCAAGCGGGUAUAUUUUGGACAGCACAUAUGGAUCGGUACUUGUCACUUAAAGACGCGGAUGAGUAUUCAGACGAGUUGGAACUGAUAUCCGAAUCACUUGAGGAAUUGAUAGAUAUAUUUUACAGAGCCUUGGAUGCUGAUAAAACCGGUGAAGAGCUCUGUCUACAUCGACAUACAUUUGCUUGGAUGUCUGUCAAGUUACCUAGAAGGUUGGAACCGGAUUGCUUUCCGCACUUCCUGAAGGAGAUUCAGACCAACAGAACCUAUUAUACUUCCACUAGCAUACUUGGUCAAAUAUAUGAUAUGGUUGUCAGAAAUGUUGACGGCAUUGGUUGCAAACCUGAAGAAACUAUUGCAUAUGAUCCCAAAUUCGAGUAUGGGAGGUUUGACAGAUACAUGGAGAGAUGGCGGGGGCUCCUUCAGCAGUACAACAAAGACAUAAAGGCUGCGAUCAAGAACCAUGAGGAAGAUCGAGUUAUUGCUUAUUAUCAAGAGAUAUUACAAGGAACAAACAAGUCGAUUACUCAAAUGUGGGAGGAAGCCUCUGCCCUCUAUGCUGUGAACCAUGAGCAUGCAGUAAUGACUUUGCGCAAAGGACACCUGCCUUCACUGCAUUGUGCAUUGACUGUUGCAUUGGAGUAUCUGUGUGGCAUAUAUGCAAGCAAUGAGGAACGGAAGCCGUAUACUUUAUCAGCUUCUGCCAAGGAGGAUAUAUUUGGUCCCAUCAAUUUUGAAUCAUGAAAAUUUUCUUUCCUUCUGUACAUAGUUGUAUGUAGUUGUACGGUUGUGAAGUAAAGAGUUGCAGAUGGUAUUUUUCUCGGACCUUGUUAGUUUCGGGAUGAGUUUAUUAGAGGGGUUGGUGAUUAUUUAGUCACUGUAAAUUGUUGGAUUCUGACCCCAUGUCAUGGUGUCAAAUGAAAUGCCUGUACUGGAAGAAAUGUGUCAUUUUUUCAGAAAAAAUUGAUUUGUCUCAUCAGAACUUCCUUAAAACUUAA